UCACUCUCAACAACACAAGUCCAAAAUCUUUUAACCAACCAUGAAUUCCUCAAACCAAGCAAAAUUAGUACUAGUACCAUUCACCAUGACUCUAAUUCUCUUACUAAUUACACCAUCUUCAGAAGGUGCUAUCACUUGUGGCACAGUAAUUAGCUCAAUCAAGCCCUGCCUCAGCUAUUUACAAGGCAGUGGUGGGAAGCCACCACAACCUUGUUGUGAUGGUUGCCAAUCUCUUGCAUCUGCUGCAACAACUGUUCCAGAUAGACAGGCUGCAUGCACUUGUCUAAAGAAUGCAUCUCAAAAAAUCAAAAUUAACUCUCAACUUGCUGGGAGUCUUCCCAAGAGUUGUGGAAUCUCAUUGUCAUUCCCUAUUUCACCCACUGUUGACUGCACCAAGAUCAAUUGAAGUGUUUUUAAGGAUGCCAUAUAUAAUAUACAAGGCAUGAUGAACGCUUAUUUAUAUAUAGCAAAAUAAAGUUUGUCGAGAUGCAUAUAAGUUAUAAUUGUGAUUUUUUUUCCUGGUUUAUAUUUGUAAUAUAAUAUAUGUCGAUGUUAUGUUCA